UUUGAUUUAUGUGUUUUUUCUAGUGAUGCUUCCUACGUGUGUAUUCAUAUUGGUAAUGAUUGAAUGUAAACCUCUCAUUCUUGAUAUUGUUAUACCGAUGAAUGUAUUCCGACCACGUAAAACUGAAAUGGAUUUUGAAUUUUUCGUCGAUAAAGAGCAAUAUUUCUUUUUGUAUAUUAUGCAAGAAAUACUAACAUUAGUGACUGGCUUUUACUCGAUAUUAAUACCUGGAACAUUCUUCGUCACUAUAGGGAGACACUGUUGCGCAAUAUAUAAAAUUGCAAGUUGUUUGAUUGCAAAUACGGCGAUCGUCCAUACGCAAAUUCCAGUUGCCCAAAAGAUACAAUUUAUGCAUCGGAGUAUUUGUCUUUCAGUUCACAUUCACAGAAGAGCUAUGAAGUUCGUGAAAGACCUCGUACAAAUGAUUGAUUUGUGGUAUUUUCCGUUAUUUGUAAUUUGCAUAGCGUCUUUAAGUUGCCUCCUGUUUCGCCUGCAUAUUACUGUAAUGCAGACCAAUGACUUGCAUGAUAUUUUCAUGUGCUGUGUGCUUUUAUACGUAUUUCACGUAUUUGUUUGUGUCACAUUUUCUUGGGCAAUCGUACACAGAACACAGUGUAGAACUAUUACAAUCUACAUAUGAUACUCUUUGGUAUGUAGCGCCAUUACCGAUCCAAAAAUUAUUCUUAAUUAUGCAAAAAUCUAUACAGGCUCAUACAUUAAAGAUAGGUGGUCUUUUUACUGUGUCCGUAGAAGGAUUUUCUACGAUUUUAACUUCUGCAAUAUCAUAUUUUACUGUUUUAUAUACUAUGCAUUUAUGAUCAUGAAGUAGCAAGGAAAUGGCGAAAAACAUUUAAUCGUUAAGAAUAACGAGUUGUAUAAAACUUAGUUGUAUAAAAAUUACUUAGUUGUAUAAAAAUUGUUUAUACAAAAAAAUUAUUGUUUAUACAAAGAUAAGGUACAAAAGUUUUUGGGAAUGUAGCUGCCUGUGGUAUACGAUGUUACAAAUGUAUAUGUAGUUGAGACACAUCAUCUAUUCGGAGCGCCAUAUUAUUUUAUUAUAUUUGAUAGUAUAAAUGGUAUAUUAAUUUUCCUGCUUUAUGGAAUCAUUUGCUGCUCAUUAUAUUGUAUUUAAUAAACAAUGUAUUAUUUUUUUUC